CCCUCCCGCCCCGCGUCCCCGCCGGCCUCACCUCCAGCUCUACCAGCCCACUGUGCAAAUGUGCUUAGAGAGGAGAUUAACUUGAGCAUCUUUUCACUAAUUACAGAGAUUAGGAAGUGGCUGCCUGAACUAUUUUCCAAAGGAUAAACAUUACAAAUCAUUGAAUAUGGCAGCUCACCAAGAAGAUCAUAUUGGUUUGGGGGGAUCACAAUUUCCAGCAGCCAUGGGGAAUGCUGUCACUCAGGUACCAGCUGAAACAAACUCUUCAACAGAAGGUUUCAUGCAGGUUUAGUGCCAUGAUGGGGAAACUGCAAAGCAAACUUAAACACAGCACUUAUAAAUACAGCAGGCCCGAUGGGAUCAUAGAAGAAAGAAUUCAAACUAAAGCUUUUCAAGAAUAUAGCCCAGCUCAUUCGGAUACUGUCUCUGCUGUUGCUGCUCUGAACUCAGACCUUUGUGUCUCCGGAGGAAGAGAUAAGACAGUUGUGGCCUAUAACUGGAAAACUGGAAAAGUGAUGAAAAGGUUUGAAGGACAUGAACGUGAAAUCACCAAGGUAGUCUGUGUUCCCCAGUCCAACCAGUUCUUCAGUGCCUCUCGUGACAGGAUGGUCAUGAUGUGGGACCUGCACGGUUCAUCACAUCCAAGGCAGCAAUUGUGUGGCCAUACUAUGGUGGUCACUGGAUUGGCUGUAAGUCCAGACUCAACACAGCUGUGCACUGGCUCUCGCGACAACACCCUGCUUCUGUGGGAUGUGGGGACCGGACAAUGUGUGGAGAAAGUGUCUGUCUCCAGGAAUGUGGUCACUCAUUUAUGCUGGGUCCCCAGAGAACCAUAUAUACUACAGACCUCUGAAGAUAAAACUAUCAGAUUAUGGGACAGUCGCGGGCUGCAGAUAGCUCAUAUGUUUCCCGCAAAGCAGCACAUUCAGACCUACUGUGAAGUCAGUGUGGAUGGACUUAGGUGUAUCUCCUGCAGCAAUGGCUUUGGAGGGGAAGGCUGUGAAGCCACGUUGUGGGACCUGAGACAGACACGAAGCAGAAUAUGUGAAUAUAAAGGGCAUUUCCAGACUGUUGCAUCCUGUGUCUUUCUACCGAGAGCACUGGCCUUGAUGCCUGUAAUUGCUACCUCAUCACAUGAUUGCAAGGUGAAGAUCUGGAACCAAGACACUGGAGCCUGCCUUUUCACCUUGUCUCUGGAUGGGUCAGGACCCCUGACUUCUCUGGCUGUUGGUGACACUGUCUCCUUAUUGUGUGCAAGUUUCAACAGAGGAAUUCACUUACUCAGAGUGGACCACAGCCGAGGGCUGGAACUGCAGGAAGUGGCAGCAUUCUGAGACCAAGAGACACUCACCGGACAACAUAAAAUUGUGGCCCCUCCUUUUUCAUGUGGCUUUCUGUCUUUCCAUGUUACCUGUGGGGAGAGUGGAAUGUCAGACUGAUAUUCUUUGCUUAGAUUUACUUAAAAGGUAUAUCAGUGUCAAUUUAAGUCUAAUGAUUAAAAAUCAAGUAUAGCCAGGAA